UGAAAACUAAGGCUAGAGAAGAGAGGUGUCAAUAGACGAUGACCAAGGAACUCCACCCGCUAAGUAUGCGACGGACGAUGGUCAAAAGCACUGUCGGUCACGUGCAGCGUACGACUUACGACUUGCCGGACGCCAAGAAUCCGUAUCACGUGUACGGCUACGAGAUUCCACGAGACCCGGAAAACGCUGGACAAGUUAUCGGCAGGUGGGUGCAUGCCACACCGUCACCUGCGACGACGACCGGACGCAGUUUCAUUGAGACCAAUCGCCAGGCUAUCAUUCACGGAUGCGUGAGCGCAGGAGAAAAUCGCAGGUACGCUAACGAGCACCCCGGCAUUGCGGUUAAGCCUGCGGCGAAGUGCAAAGGCGGUUAUGUGCCUACGAACGACACCACCUUCGGCAUCAAGUCAAAGGAGUCCGAAGACAUUUGGGGUCUGAUUCAGGCUAGAUACACUUCGUUUAGCAAUGACGACGCCUACUAUCCGGAUCUCGGCUCUAUGAAGACUAGGGGAAAACUACCACUACCUCGAGAAACCCGCUGCUCUGUUGGCAAGGACAUUCGCAAUUAUCCCAGGGCUUCGCAACGAGAACCCUUCAAAAUGACCAAAUUCAAAGCCGUCGGACCCACUCUCUACACACAACCCAACGCUCGCAAACCUGGAACAGAAGAAGAAGAAGAAAAAUGCCAGUGCCAAUGCGCCGACUGCGACCAAUCCGCAUAUCACUUUUCAAUCAGCGUGAUGGCGAUGCGCUUGUUGCGCCCCCUACUGCUGCUCGGUCUGCUCCCCGCAGCCUCCUGCACCUCCACCUCGGUGCAGAUCCGCGGCGUAGCCCCUUCGGACCAGACCACGUACUUGUCUGCUGAUUUUUCGUGCGGUAUAGGCGGAAGAGCCACAAACCUUCCCACCAGUAGAGUGAACGACGACUUCUGCGACUGCGACGACGGCCAGGACGAACCGGGCACCGCCGCCUGCUCGCACCUGACAAACGCCAAAUUCCACUGCGAGAACGACGGGUUCUUUCCGGGAAAGAUUCAUACGUCGCGGGUUCACGACGGAAUUUGCGACUGCUGCGACGGAUCGGACGAAGAAAUAAACGGCGCGUCUCCGUGCACCAAUACGUGUGCAGCUGCUGCCGCUAAGCACCGGAAUGAGGCGGAGCAGUGGCUGGCAGUGGUCAAAAAUGGGUUUGAGAAGCGACAGGCGACGAUUAAUGGGGAAAUCACCGCAUACUUCGACGGAGCACAACAGGCCGAGACGACGACACAGAAGGAGCUUGCAGGACUGAAUUUGCUGAAAAACAGAGUGGCAGUACACAAGGACCGCGAGGAGCUGAAGGAGAAAAAGUAUCGAAUGGAAAUCGCGAGACACAAGCAAGCGGAAAGUCCUCAAAAUGAAGAAACAAGCAAGCAGCAGUUCUCUGAUGCGAAAGAAAAAGAGACCAUUGAAGCGCUGGACUUUGAAGAGCUUGAUGCUGUUCAAGUGGCCGACGGUAAUGUGCCUGUGAGCUCGGCGGAAGAUGAACGCGCGUCAGAGGUUUUGGACUCGAGAAGGGAGACUGUCAAGAGCCUCAUUGAGUUGCCGGAUGGCACGCGGAUCCCUCUGGCGGAUUAUCUGCGCAUGAACCACAACAAACAACCAUCUACCAAGAAGUUGUGCGCGUUAUUUUAUUGGUGGCGAGCAGGAUAUCGUGAUCUAACUAAAUGUCUCUUGUGUAUUCGCAGGAGGGCUCCUCGCACAGCGGAAGAAAUGCGACGAGAAGAUUUCCUGGGACCUUUGCUUAACGGCGGAACUGAAGGUCGAAAGAGGAUUGGACUGUACGCGCUGCGGACGUUCGGUAUCGUCGUUUCCCCUGUCCGUGCGCUAGUUGAAUUAAUAGUAUUCGCUCCUAGAACGCUGUGGAGUGUGCUGUCAACGCCUGAAGUUGCCGGCUCAAUGAUCGACAAACUGCCGGACUUGCCGUACCCAUCGCGCUCGAUCUGGUUCCGCCAACUAGGUGGAGGCAGUGUCUAUGAUGGAUACAGCUCGGCGAUGUGGGGCGCCCGGGUUGUGUGGGAUGCACCGGUGUAUGCGUACCACUAUUUAUUCCCGACGCUAGAUGACGAGUUGAAAUUACCGGUGGCGGAGUCAUUGCGGAAGGUUUUGCGCGAAAUUGAUGCUGACAUCGCCAAGCUGGAGAAAGAGCAAAGUGACAAACACGAAGCUGCAAAACUGGACUACGGUCCAGACCGCGCGUACUUUGCGUUGAAGGAUAAGUGUAUUGAGAAGCGCAUUGAGAAAUACCAAUACAAGUUCUGUGCCUUUGGAGACGUCAAACAGGAUCAUACAAAACUAGGCAAGUGGGAUGGCUGGGCCGCCGGGGAUGAAAGUACUGACAAGGUGGAUCACACGAAGAUGCGGUUCUCGAAGGGUCAAAGAUGCUACAAGGGCCCUGAGAGAUCCGUGCUGGUACACCUCCAAUGUGGCAAAGAGGACGAGAUUCUGAGCGUUGAUGAGCCAUCUACAUGUGUGUACGAGAUGACGAUUAGCACGGCUCUGGCCUGUACAACUAAAGUGCUUGCUCAAGCACAGAAAGAUGUUGCAUUUUGGUCACGAGCGCAUUAA